AUGGCUCGCCAACUCUUCAUCACUGCGCUUCUGCUCACAACUUCUCUCGCCCAAACCCUCAACACCACAUCAGAUCAAAGUCUCAAUCUCCGCUCAAACUACGGCUGGUCCCCCGCUGUCCUCCUUCAAGACAGCAGCGGUAUCUGCCCCCUNUACGCAUACAUAAACUGCCAAUCCAUCUCAGGCCCAAACUAUUGUUGCGGAUCUGGAACUUACUGCGCUUACGGAGGUCCGGAAAACCACAUUGGCUGUUGCGCAGACAACGCCGUGUGUGAUGGCGAGCCAGGUGUGCCGUAUACCACUGUCUAUGUACCCAGUGCCACUGCAACGACCUGGUGGACGGUUUCUGGAGGCGCCACGGCAACGGGAUUGGUAGGGCCUGCGUAUACGGUUACCACGACUACCACUGCGACGCAAUAUGUUACUGGUCCGCCGCCGACGAUUUGUAGUACGCUGUAUGCGAAGGGAGAUAAUUUGCCUACUACGGCGGCUGCGCAGUGUGGGCUUGUGCUUGUGUUGAAUGCUGCGCCAGGAAGAGGUGUUGAUGGCAUGGGUCUCGCGGUCGGACUCGCUGCGAUGAAUGGAUUUGCGGCUGCGUUGGGCUGGAUGGGGUUGUUGUGA